AUGUCGAGUGUCCUUGGGGGGCAGAUGCAACUGCAUAUGCUGACCUGCCCCUUCUUCCCAGUGAUUAGUAAUGGGGCCUCCUGUAGAGGAGGCCGCGGAACCCCGAUUUUGAGCGUAAAGACCGCUGUGCGAGGCCCCGCCCCUGCCGCUGCGGAGGGAUUUGGAGAGAUUGAGGCCCCAGCGGGCUGUACAGGGACAGCAGAGGAGCUGGCCCAGCCCCCUCACCAGAACACCCAAGCCCUAGGCCCCUGCUGGGAGCCAAUAUCUCUGGGGACUUUGGGCCCCGGGUCUCUGGACAGGGAUUCCAAAAGUAUGCAGACCCAGACCAGCCGGAAGCACCACAGCCUGGAGACCCCAGGGACUCACCUGGCCCCAACUCGGAGAAGACCCCGGAAGCAGCCAAACCCUUGCCAGGGCUCUGAGAAAGUGGACCCCGGGUUUGAGGGGGUGACUCUGAAGUUUCAGAUAAAGCCAGAUUCCAGCCUGCAGAUCACCCCCACAUACAGCUUGGCCUGUAGCAUCCGUUCUCACAGACCUCCUGCAUGCCCUACUGGGGUCCCAGAGGCCCACCCUGAAGGCAGCGAGGCCCUGGGGCCUCGGCGCUGUGCAUCUUGCAGGACCCACAGGACUCCCCUCUGGAGAGAUGCUGAAGAUGGGACACCUCUCUGUAAUGCCUGUGGUAUCAGGUACAAGAAAUACGGCAUUCGCUGCUCCAACUGCUGGCUGGUGCCCAGGAAAAGUGUUCAGCCCAGGAAGUUAUGUGGCAGAUGUGGAGUGACCCUGGGCCCUCACCAUAGCCCAGCUUAUGAAGGUUAAGUCCUUCAGCCAGCUGAGCCAGUUCUGCCUCAGUUUCACCAGAGGGAGAAUGGACAGAAGGUCUUCUAGGAAGAGUGACAGCCUGCCACUGACAUAGUGGCCUAUGUCUGCCUUCAAGGAUCCUGAGGGGAAGACCCAGGCUGCAGGCCUCUGAGCCUGUCUCAGCAGGUCACCCAUUCCCUACUUGGUUCCUUCACCAGUCAGGUUGGGCUGAGCCUCCUCAGGACACCCUCAGUAGUGAUAAACAUAUUGUG